UCGGUGCACGCCCAAUUCCACUACCCACCUGCAAUUUUAGCAUCAUCUCUCAUUCUCCUCUUCCUCGGCGCCUCUACCCAUCCAAUUGUCCUCUAUUUAAACACCAUACUGGUCUCCCCUCCGGCACACAAGGCGCCAUGGAGGAAGAGGCUACUAUAGAUCCGUCGCUCCUCGAGGCCGCCUCCGCCUCGGCCUCAGCCAAGGCCGCCGGCGACCCCUACCACGGCUGGCAGAAGGUCACCUACGCCAAGCGCCAGCGCAGGCCCCAGCCUCCGCCCGCUAACGACCGCUCCAACGAAGUCCCUGAUCGCUCCCAUGUCUUCGCUUCCCUCGAGCAGAAGGCCCUCGAGCGUCGGCGCGCCAUUGAGUCUGACUCCACCGUGACGGAAGCUACCGCCGCCAGAUCGACGCCCGCCACAGCCGCCUCCGACGUCGGGGACGAUGAUAGCGGCGCAGAGGCCCCUCCUGGGGCACACGAGAAGGGGACGGAAGCCGCCAAGAAGGUGAAGCAGAAGAAGCCCAAGGUCACCGUCGCCGAGGCCGCGGCCAACAUCGAUGCAGAAGAUCUUGGUGUGUUCCUUGUCGAAAUCUCGGCUUCCUACGAGUCGCAACAGAAUAUUCAGCUGAUGCGGUUUGCGGAUUACUUUGCCCGCUCAUUUGCCUCCGUGAGCGCAUCACAGUUCCCCUGGGUUAAGAUGUUCAAGGAAUCUCCUGUUAACAAGAUUGCUGAUGUUCCACUGUGCCAUGUAUCUGACUCUAUUUAUAAGAUCUCAGCUGACUGGAUUGCUGAGAAAUCCCCCGAAUGUGUGGGUGACUUUAUUUUGUGGUGUUUGGAUGGCAUCAUUUCUGACAUGGCAAGUCAACAAGCAACCGUUAAGGGAUCAAAGAGACAUGUACCACAGGCUCCUUCAAAAGCUCAGGUUGCAAUAUUUGUUGUUCUGGCAAUGGCCUUAAGACGGAAGCCUGAUAUACUAAUUAGCCUUUUGCCAAAAAUAAGGGACAAUCCCAAAUAUCAAGGGCAAGAGAAACUCCCAAUUAUAGUGUGGGCCAUUGCUCAGUCUUCUCAGGGUGACACAGUUAUUGGAAUGUAUCUAUGGGCACAUUACCUAUUACCUAUGGUUUGUGGAAAAUCUAGUGUGAAUCCACAAUCAAGGGACUUGGUUUUGCAAUUGGUUGAAAGACUUCUUUCAGGACCAAAAGCUCGACCUAUUUUACUCAAUGGUGCUGUCAGAAAGGGAGAACGUCUAAUUCCUCCUGUUGCACUUGAUUUGCUUAUGCGCAAUGCAUUUCCUGCUUCAACCGCUCGUGUCAAGGCUACUGAGAGGUUUGAGGCCAUAUAUCCUACUUUGAAGGAACUGGCUCUUGCUGGUUCUCCUGGGACCAAAACCACAAAACAAGCAUCACAGCAGCUCUUGCCUCUUACAAUCCAGGCAAUCCAAGAAAGUAAUUCAGAGUUAACAAAAGAAGCAACGGAUAUAUUCAUCUGGUGUUUGAUACAAAAUGCUGAAUGUUACAGGCAGUGGGAAAAACUUCACCUGGAGAAUGUUGAUGCAAGUGUUGCUGUUCUUAGGAAGCUGACGAAUGAAUGGAAGGAUUACGCAGACAAAAUCUCCUUGGGUACCCUUAGGGAGACAAUCAAUCACUUAAGGGCUAAGAACGAAGAGGCCCUAUCUGGGGAUGUGGGCAUCAGCAAACAAGCAUCCAUCAAAGAUGCCGACAAGUACUGCAAGGUCGUCUUGAGAAAGUCAGCAAGUCGCUCUUGUUUUACGAAGUUUGGUGUUGUGCUCAUGCUUAUGAUUGCAAUUUGCUUUUCUCUCUUCCCAAAUAUGAAAUUAUUGGCAUGGAAGAAACUCAAUUCGGUGUUUCAGUUCCAAUGACAUCCGAAACAAUCUCUAGCUUAACCUUUAUCAACUGAAAAGAGCAGAGUAGGAGUUUUAGAAAGAUGUUAUUCUCUCUUAGUGGUUCUCGUAUGCCAUUUAUUUUCUUGAAAAUGAUGUUACUGAAAAAUAUUGUUGAGAUAAGGAGUGUUUGGUGGAUCAUUUUGGAAUGUUUUAGGUCAACUGAAAUGGUAGAAGCAUGACUUUGUGGUGUAAUUUAUUGACCUUGCUAGACAUUAUGACAGUCUAUAUUUGAUGGUUUUCUUCUA